CAUCGUCUAUAUAGGCUUAAAUGUCUUUUCUUUGUUCGUGUUUAUGAAUAUUUUUGAAACAUGGCAUCGUUUAAGAAAAUUAAUACCAAAGUAUUUACCAGAGCGGGACCGGAGUUGACGGAGGAUAAUAUAUGGAAGAAAUAUUCGCCUCCAGUUUUAGUGAAAGAAUUUGGUCCAAUAGACUACAUCGACUUCUCACCAGUAGAACCACAUUAUUUUACAGUUACCUGCUCAGUACGAGUGCAGAUAUAUAAUCCUAUUACAAAGCUGGUCACAAAAACUUACAGCAGUUUCAAAGAAGCUGCGUAUGGGAGCUGCUUUCGUAGAGAUGGCAAACUGCUAUGUGUCGGUGGUCAGGAAGCAGUGGUCAGGCUUUUUAACAUUGGCUCAAAUAGCAUGCUACGAUUGUUUUCGGGGCACAAGGCUGCAGUGCACAGAGCUUUCUUCACAGCUGAUGAUCUUCAUAUUGCUUCAUUUUCUGAUGAUAAAACUGUGAUAUUGUGGGACAUACCUAGUGAAAAACAACUGACAAGUUUCAAUGAACAUACUGAUUAUAUCAGAGCCGGUGCAGUUAGUCCUGUCUCCACUGAUGUAUUAUUAUCUGGUGGAUAUGACAAAAUUAUAAAUAUGUAUGAUGCAAGAACAAAUAAGAAAAUACUUAGUGUCAAUCAUGAUGCACCAGUGGAGAGUUUACUCUUUUUGCCAACUGGAGGAAUAUUCUUGUCUGCGGGUGGGACUGAUAUCAAAGUGUGGGACGCUCUCGCAGGUGGUAAAUUACUUGCAAAAAUAACUCAACAUCAUAAAACUGUAACUUGCUUGAAAAUCGCAUCCAAUGGUCAUAGAAUAUUAUCUGGUUCGUUGGAUAGGCAUGUUAAAGUUUAUGACACUGGGACAUAUAAAACACUUCACACUUUAGACUAUCCUAAUGCAGUUCUCAGUAUAGGAAUUAGCGAGGGUGACGAGACUGUCGUAGCUGGUAUGGUCGACGGUCUAAUCUCUAUCAAAAGACGCGAGGAAGACGUGAAAGACGUUGUAAAACCGAAACGUAAAGUUUCGUACAGGCACGCGGGCGAAAAUCUGCAUGUACGAAGCGUCGACGUAGUCGUGCAGCAGGAAGUUAAAGAGAUAAUGAGCAAGCAUGACGCUUGUCUGCGAAAGUUUCAAUACAGUAAAGCGCUCGACUGCGUCAUGAUGAAUUAUGUCGUUAACAAAACGCCGCACGUUACUGUCGCGCUUACACAGGAACUUAUCAGGCGAGAAGGCUUAAGGCGAGCUUUGGCUGGUCGGGACGGCAAGUCCCUCGUCAAUAUCAUUAAGUUUUUGAACAAAUAUAUCGGUAGCAUUCGUUUCGGAAGAGUAUUAUUGCAUGUAGCAAACGUUUUGUUAGAUGUGUAUGAAGAUCAUUUGGAUGAACUUUCGGAGGAACCACGGAAAAUGUUUACUAUACUAGCACAAAAACUGCAGGAAGAGGAACAGCUAAUUAUAGCCUUGACGCAACUACAGGGUUCAAUGCAAAUGAUACUGUCUGGUGCUGAAACUGUUCCUUUACCUGCUAUAAAAGAGAAUCAGAGUAUGGAACCGUCAAAUGCUGCUCAAACGGAACGCGAACUCGUGUUAAGUAUAACAUAAAUUUAAAUAGACCACAAAUCAUUGUCAACUUGUAAAAUAAUAUUUUCUGUACAUAACUUUGAAUAAAUUUUUGAAAUAAAGUGAUAAUACUUAAAUAUU